AUGGCUACAUCGCAGUCCAGUCCGUCUGAGGAGGGCGGCAACAAGACCUCAAAGACCUCCUCCAACCUGCUCACCACCGGAGACGUCUCCACCAACACGAUCAAGCUGGCGCCCGGCAUCGGAGGCCUGACCUUCUCCAACAGCGCCGCCUACCAGAAGCUGAAGCACCAGUCGUCGGCCAAGUCAAUCAACGGUUCGUCCUCGAGUUCGGGCAACGGCAUGGUCCUGAAGCGGGAAGAGGCCUCCAAGCGCGGCCUGCUGCAGCAGGGGAGCACCACACCAAAGAGCAUCGCCUCGGCGGCCCAUUCGCCGCACCACCAGAUGCAGAGCAUGGGCUCGACAUCGUCCGGCUCGUCGCUGGCCUCCUCCUUGCCGCUCAGCAAUGGCAGCAACAACAGCAGCGGCAGUGCUGGUCUCGUCAAGCCGCUGCAGCAGAAGGUCAAGCUGCCUGUCGUGGGCAGCGCCCUUCCCAAGCCGGCCUACUCAUACUCCUGCCUCAUCGCGCUGGCCCUGAAGAACUCGCGGGCCGGCUCGCUGCCCGUCUUGGAGAUCUACAGUUUCCUGUGCCAGCACUUUCCCUACUUCGAGAAUGCGCCGAGUGGCUGGAAGAACAGGGCCACGAACGGCAAUCAGCGUAACGGCUGCCGCUGGGCCUUGAACCCGGAGCGCAUCACCAAGAUGGACGAGGAGGUGCAGAAGUGGUCGCGCAAGGAUCCACAGGCCAUUCGCUGCGCCAUGGUCUAUCGGGAGCAUCUGGAGUCGUUGGAGCGCGGCGAGAUGAAGCACGGAUCGGCCGACUCCGAUGUGGAGCUCGAUUCAACGUCGGAGAUCGAAGAAUCCUCCGAUCUGGAGGAACAGGACUUCGACGGCACCCUUGUGGAUGCGAUGCUCGUUGAGGAGGACGAAGAUGUCGUGGACGAGGAUGAGGACGACGAUAUGCUGGGCGAGUCCGAGGCCGAGGAAGAGCUACUCGCCAGCCACCCCGCUGCCAGCCAGUCGAGCCAUCACCUGCCCCUUGACCACGUCCUGCUCCGCUAGAAGGGCAGCGAUUUAGACAUUGAGAAGGCCGACGAACAACUGUACGAUGCCAUCGACAUCGAGGACGAUAAGGAGGCAGUGCGCCGCGCCAUAGCCAGCGGCCAAGGCACACAAAUCAUCGAGCUGAAUCCGGCCGAUCUUAAUGCGAACCACAACGGCUACCACCACCAGCAGCAGAAGGUGAAGCGUGCGCGUUUGGACAUCAACUAUGCCAUCGGUCCCGCCGGCGAGCAGCAGUAUGGCCAGAAGGUGAAGGUUCAGCAGCUGGUGCAGACACAGGCGCAGCCACAGAAACAACAGGCUAGCGUCAACCACAUAUGGUCAUGA